AUGCUUUUAGUGUACAGUCGUAUCAGAAAUAACGUUCCGUUUUCUUUGUGUCGAAUAUGUAUACGAUAUAAUUCUAAUUCACAAAAUAGAUGGCUGAAUAGGCAACUGGGAGACCCAUAUACAAAAGAGGCCAAGGUCCAGAACUUGAGAUCCAGAGCUGCAUUCAAGCUUAUGCAAAUCGAUGAUAAAUACCGUCUUUUCAAUAAAAACAAGUCAAACCGGAGAAUACUGGAUCUUGGGUACGCCCCGGGAGCGUGGUCCCAGGUGGCACAACAAAGAAGUUCAUCCAAUUCUAUGAUAUUGGGUGUUGAUAUUCUACCUUGUGAACCGCCGCAUGGUGUGAACUCAAUUCAGGCAAAUAUACUGGCGAAGAGAACUCAUGAUCUAAUACGACUGUUCUAUUCAAAGCAUUUUCAAUUGAACAGACGCGACGAGUUGCAUGAAAACCAUGGUUAUUUCCAGAAUAUGCUCGAGGAGGAACUGACUCAUUUGAAAGAUACGGAAUUAUAUCGUGAAAUUUUCACUUCUGACGACAACUACGAUAUUUCGAAUACGAAUAGCACUUUAAAAGAACGGGAGAAAUUCCCAGUUGAUGUAAUUAUAAGUGAUAUGUAUGAACCCUGGCCCCAAACGACCGGUUUUUGGAAUAACAUUACUAAUCAAGCUUAUUUUAGGAUGGCAAACACAUCUGGUCUCAGCAUAAGAGAUCACUACCAAUCCAUUGAUUUGUGUGACGCCGCGUUGGUUACGGCGAUAGAUUUACUGCGGCCCCUAGGUUCCUUCGUUUGCAAGCUAUAUACUGGUGAAGAGGAAAAUUUGUUCAAAAAGAGAAUGGAGGCAGUUUUCAAUGACGUCCAUAAGUUCAAGCCUGAUGCCUCUAGAAAUGAGUCAAGAGAAACGUAUUAUAUCGGAUUAAGGAAGAGAAGAAAUAUAGAUAAAUUGAAAGUGUUUGGUAAUUGA